AUGGUAAUCACAGCCAGCAUACAACCCAACAAUGAACAAGGUGGCCCACAGAUCGUUGGAUUCGUUCUCGAACCUUCUAUGCUUGACCUCGAGCAUCCUGAUCCUCCAAAUCCUCCCCGAUAUGAAGAUGCCUUAAAGUUGGUAAGCGCUCCACCCCGAUACGAAGAGCAGUCGACUGGGUCGAGCUCUCCUGUCAGAAGUAUAGAUCUACCACCAAGUGGAAGGACAACUGCAAGGAUCGAAUCUUCGGUUGAUGAAAUGUCUUCUAAUGAUGGAGAGGGAGAAGAGGAUGCACAGGACGCCAUGGAUUUCGGACCAAAGGGACAUGUCAACGACUCGCCAUGGAGAUUGUCACUGCUAUGCACCUACAACGCCAGGACAGUCUCCACCAACGCCGAUCUUCACGUCCUUAAAGCUGCAGGGCGCAUUAACUACUACGUAAUCGCCUUGCAGGAAACAAGUCCAGGGAGACGGACGUGA